AGUUUUUCUCGAUUGCUAAGACACAAAACCCAGUACUCUAAACCAAAUGACCAGUUGCCUAAACACAUUUAGUAAAACUACCCCCCAUUUGCCACAACCAAAAACACAAUUCACCUGUAGACACUGUUCACAAAACCCAUCCCCUUUUUCUCAAAACUCUAAACACAUUUUGCCUUGCUAAAACACAUUUAGCAUAUAUCUCUGCUCAAAUAUGCAUUGUGAAGCUCAUGUGAUGCAAAAUGCCACACACAGUCAGCAAAACCUGAACACAAUGAACACACCUGGUGUAAUUCAGUAAACACAACGACUCAUAAUUGAAAACACCUAUUGCAAAUGAUGUGACCACACCUAUAUAAGUCAGUUUGCUGAAGGUUCCAAACAAAAAUGGAUGAUCAAGGAAGAAGAAGAGGAGUUCGUGCCAGAGGAGGGAGAGGAGUUCGUGCCAGAGGAGGGAGAGGAGUUCGUGCCAGAGGAGGGAGAGGAGUUUUUGUCAGAGGAGGGAGAGGAGCAGGCCAAGGAGGGAGAGGAGCAGGUCAAGGAGGUAGAGGAGCGGGCCAAGGAGGGAGAGGAGCAGGUCAAGGAGGUAGAGGAGCGGGCCAAGGAGGGAGAGGAGCAGGUCAAGGAGGUAGAGGAGCGGGCCAAGGAGGGAGAGGAGCAGGUCAAGGAGGUAGAGGAGCGGGCCAAGGAGGGAGAGGAGCAGGUCAAGGAGGUAGAGGAGCGGGCCAAGGAGGGAGAGGAGCAGGUCAAGGAGGUAGAGGAGCAGGCCAAGGAGGGAGAGGAGAAGGAGGGCGAGCAAGACAACGCAUCUUCAUCACAGAUGAAAUGAGAGCAACGGUCAUUGACCACGUCAUUGUCCACGGCAUGACAAUGACCGAAGCUGGACAACGAGUCCAACCAAACCUAAGCCGAUUCUCAGUGGCCACCAUUAUUCGGGCCUUCAGAGAACACAACAGAGUUGAAAGAUUGCCAUAUGCAGGUGGGAGGGCUUCCAGAUUCACACCAGCCCAAGAGGUCGUCAUUGUGGAUAUGGUUCGGGAGAACAAUGUGCUGAGACUACGGGAGAUACGGGAGAGGAUCAUUGGUGACAAUAUGAACUUUCCGAACAUUGACGAUGUUAGCCUGACAACCAUAGACAGAGUCCUCAAGCGCCAGAGAGUACGCAUGAAGCAGGCCUAUAGGGUACCCUUUGAGCGCAACUCUGACAGA